AUGUCCGUCUUCCGCGAUCUUGAAACUUCGUUCGCUGUCGUUUGCUUUCUAUUCGUCAUUGCUAUUGUCUCUCGUAAUUUGAGGACGGGCAGAAGAGCCUUCCUGCUACCUCCUGGUCCUAUGCGGUUACCUCUAUUAGGCAAUGUCCAUCAGCUUCCUUCGACAUUUCAACAUAAGACCUUCAAGCAGUGGGCUGCAAAAUAUGGGGAUAUAUUCUACUUGGAAGUUUUCCACAAGCCUGCAAUAGUGAUCAAUUCUGCACAGAUGGCCCGUGAUUUGAUGGAGAAGAGGGGCUCGAAGUAUUCUGAUCGGCCGAGAACUGUUAUAUUCACAGAACUAAUGGGUCUUGAGCAUACUGCGACACUCCUUCAUUAUGGUGAUCGGUGGCGUCUGCAUCGUAAAUGGCUCCAGACUGCGUUCCAUGCGCAGACUACGCAACGGGAUUACCAGCUACUCCAACAGAGAAGUGUUCAACGUUUAUUAUCCACGCUGUUAGAUUCACCAGGAAACUUCAAUGCGCAUAUAAAGAAGUUUGCUGGUGCCAUUAUGAUGGAGGUCACAUACGGACACCGCGUGGUACCGGGUGUAGAUGAUGGAUUCAUCGAAUGGGCCGAUGAUGUCAUUACCCGUAUUUUUGAAACUGGGUCUCCAGGUGCAAGCCUCAUCGACUUCUUCCCUAUCUUGAAGUACAUACCAGGGUGGGUGCCGUGGGCAGAGGUUCAGCGAAAAGCAUCUCGUAUGCGACCUGAGAUUCAGCAAUUGCAUGAUGUUCCAUACGAAAGGGUGAAGAAUGCCAUGAAUGCUGGAUCAGCCCGAACAUCGUUCCUCGCGUCUCUCAUUGACAAGGUCUCAGUGGAUGGUGAAAUGACCGAAGACGACAUGCUUAAUUUGAAAGGUGUUGCGGGCGUGGUCUACCUAGCUGGCGUUGAUACGACGGUCACCGUCAUGCUGAAUUUUGUUCUGGCCAUGGUUCUACACCCGGAGGUGUACGCGAAGGCACAGGCUGAGAUCGAUCGAGUGGUGGGCCAAUCACGACUCCCGGACUUCGAUGAUAGGCUUUCAAUGCCCUACUUGGAGUGCGUUUUGAAGGAAGUCUAUCGCUGGGCAAGCCCCACACCCUUCGCUGUACCCCACCGAGUCACGGAUGAUGAUGAAUAUCUUGGCUAUCACAUCCCUGCAGGUUGUGUCAUCAUGCCGAAUAUCUGGGCAAUGACGCGGGACCCAGCUAUCUACCCCGAUCCAGAUAGCUUCAUCCCAGAACGAUUCGCCAACCUGGAUGCUGAUACUUCAUCUAAGUUGGAUCCAACCAAACUCAUUUUUGGCUUUGGGAGAAGGAUCUGUCCAGGCCGUACCUUCGCGGACUCGACUGUGUGGCUAUUCAUUACCAAUAUCAUGUCCACAAUGGACAUAUGCAAGGCGCGAGACGGAUCUGGAAAAGAGAUAACACCUGAACCUGUCUUCAUCGAUGGCAGUGUCGUCCAUCUAGCGCCAUUCGAGUGCGACAUUAGACCGCGAUCCAAGAAAGCAGAGGAGAUCGUUAUGCUCGCUAAUGCUGCUAGCCCCUUGUAA